AUGAAAUUCAUGUUACCUGAUAUGAUUCAAGAGAUGGAAGUGAUGUGUGAUAUGGAUGUUUUAAAAAUGUUUUGUGUGGCUGAACAAUUGGAUGCAGUUGAAGUAAUUGUAUACAAUGUGCAAGCUAGUGAGGAAAUAACAAAUACUUGGACCAUUAAUGGAUAUCCUGAUGAUGUGGUAGGUAGGGAUGAGUGCAAAUCUCGAGACUCCUUCUACUAUCGAUCAUCAAGUAGAAGUUGUGCUAAACUUAGUGAUAUCCUGCCUGGUUUUGAGCAUGUUCGACUACUAGCAAGUGUGCUUGGAGGUGUUGGUGUGGUAAAGGUGUCAAGUCAGAGUACAACCACCAUAGGGGAUACUAAUGCUAAAUGGGGUGGACAUGUUGAUUCAAGUAGCCAAACUGCUACUAUACAGGAGAGUAGUGCUCAAGGGGGUGGAGAAGAUGAUUCAGGCACCAAGGAUGCUACUGAUGAUGAGGGCUUUGUAAUGUCUGAUUCAGAUGAUGAAGAAUGGAAAGAGGGUUCUGAGGAUGAAAUUGAAACAUCUACAGAUAGUAGUGAUGGUGAGAGUGAUGGAUAUUCUGAACAUAGUAAAUCAGAGGAGGUAGAGCGUAAGGAUGAGUUGUCUGAUUACCAGUCAGAUGAAGAGGAGGGAUUAAAGGGGGUAAAUCAGGAGGGUGAAAGAAUUAGCUUGCAAGUUGGACAAAUUUUUACUAAUGUUUAUGCAUUCAGGGCUGCUCUUGCUGAUUAUUCUAUUCAAGAGGGAUUUGAAUUUAUGAGACAAAAAAAUGAAAAGUCAAGGGUUACUGUAAUUUGUAAAGGUGAUGGAUGUAUGUGGAGGUGCCAUGCUUCACCUAUUGAUGAGGUGGGCACUUAUAUGAUUAAAACAUAUAUCUCAGAGCACACAUGUGUCAGAGUUAGCACAAAUAAUAAUGCAACAUCAACAUGGAUGGCCAAAAAACUUGAGGAAAAAUUGAGGAGUGACCCAGAUUUGAAAAAAGAGACAAUGAAGCAGUUGUUGAAAGACAAAUGGCAACUUGAGCCUCACAAAAUGCAAUAUUAUAGGGCUCGGGUUCGUGCAAGGGAGUGGAUUGAAGGAUCACAUGCUGAGUCAUAUGCACUUUUGCCAAAAUAUGGAAAUAAGUUAUUAGAAAAAAAUGCAGGGAGCAAUUAUGUGAUAGAAUCUGAAUUGAGAACAGUGCUAUUGAAAGAAGUAAGAGUAUUCAAGAAGGGAUUCUUGAAUGGGUCAAUUUCAGUUGAUGGGAAUAAUGGACUAUUCCCUGUUGCUUUUGGUGUUGUUGAAUCUGAAUGCAAGGAUAGCUGGAUCUUCUUCUUACAACACUUGCAUGAUUCAAUUUAUACAGAAAUGGAGUUGCCUAUCACAUUCAUGACCGAUAAACAAAAGGGACUCUCCCAAGCAAUAGCACAGAUAUUUCCAUAUGCCAACCACAAGUAUUGUGCCAGACAUCUGCACAACAACUUUAAAGUGAAUUAUCCUGGUGCACUAUUAAAGAGCCAUUUCUGGGUUGCUGUCAGAGCCUACAAUCCCAUUCAGUUCCAGAGGUCAAUGAAUGCCAUGAAGUCUCUCAAUAAGGAAGCCCAUGACUGGUUGAUGAAAAAUCCAGUAUCAGCAUGGGCUAGACAUGCAUUUGAUCAUAGGAUCAAGAGUGACCAUGUCACUAACAAUAUGACAGAGUCUUUCAACCAGUGGAUAGGAUAG